CACUGGGCCAUCUUUGACCGAUGACGUAGGCGAGCUCGCGUUCCAAUAUCGCGAGAGUUAACCGCGCAUGCGCAGUAAGCGCCCAUCUGUCAAAAUGGCUUCUAUGGACAACAAUAACGCCGAUAGUUCAAAUAAUUACGAAGAUUCUUCGUCUGAUGAUGAAAACCCAUUGAAUUUAGAUGAUUUAAACAUACAGGCAUAUCGCUUUGAACCGCAGCGAGAUACAGACGACGAGAAUUCCGAAACUGAUGGGGAUACUGACGAAGAAAGUUUGCAAGAUCAUAAUAUUAUUGGAAAUGAUCGAGUUGGCAACGUUGGAGCCUGGUGCCUAUGCGGAUGUUGUUCAGAUAUGCAGAAAGAGAUUGACUGUUUAUGUUGCCGUGAAUUGGUUGCAAUAAAUGGAAAGGAAAAUAACGAACAAAUUCAGCUUGAUUGCAUAUGUAACCACCCGAAGUUCUCUACCCUCUGUCUGGAUAGAGAUGUUUUGGGAGUAGCAGCCAUAACUGUAUCUGCAAUGAUGGGAACAUUUCUACCAGUGCCAGUAACUGACACUUUUUUUCGGUUGACGGCAUAUAGACAAUUUACGCUGUGGAUCUAUGGCAAAUUGGGUCGACAUAACAGAAGAGUGGUGCCAGCUUGUGUUGUAAACAAGGUUCGCCUACAGUUCCCUAACCUUGAUGGAAGAGACAAUUUUGUGGGGUUCGAAGAGGCAAACUGAGAUUACUAUUAUUGUUGUGUACAGCAGUUUGAAUCGGCAUAUAAAUGUACAAUUUAGAAAUUUAUAGGUGUAUUCUUGAAGUCUUUGUGUAAACACAUUAGGGCAUUAAUUAAGAUAACAUGUAUGUUUCACUUUUAACAACCAGUUUCACAGAAAAGCAGUCAAUGGAUAGUCAUAGCCUUUGCAUGUUUUAGUUGGCAUUGCUUUUGUAAAAAACCUUAGCUCGUAAAAUUAAGAAAUGUCUAAAAUUACAUGUUUGUAUUGAUUCCAUGACACUCCUGUAUUAAGUACAGCAUCUUUUAAAACAGUCAUCUUAAAAUAUUUUUGCUGAAAGUACUUCCAAUAGGCUAGUCGCCAUACAUGUACAAUGGUGAUGUUCUAGGAAGUGGGUUUACCAACAAUUUUGUUGUAUUGUUUGAAAAAAAUAUUUGUCAAA